GCCGACAUUAUAUAUUCUUCUUCUCGUUAAGCGUUUUCCUUCACCGCUUUCCUUCGCUUUUUUCUCGAGAAACGAACGAAGUAACAGGAAGCUAAAUUCUCUCUUUUUCUUUCGAUUUUUGUUCUAUUCCAUGGCUCGUACUAAGCAAACCGCUCGCAAGUCUACCGGAGGAAAGGCUCCAAGGAAGCAGCUGGCAACUAAGGCGGCGAGGAAGUCUGCCCCGGCGACCGGAGGAGUGAAGAAGCCCCACAGGUUCAGACCGGGGACCGUCGCUCUUCGGGAGAUCAGGAAGUACCAGAAGAGUACUGAGUUGCUGAUAAGGAAGCUGCCGUUCCAGCGAUUGGUGAGGGAAAUCGCGCAGGAUUUCAAGACGGAUCUUAGGUUCCAAAGCAGCGCCGUCGCGGCUCUCCAGGAGGCAGCUGAGGCCUACCUUGUUGGGCUUUUCGAGGACACAAACCUGUGCGCAAUUCAUGCUAAGAGGGUUACUAUUAUGCCCAAGGAUAUUCAGCUUGCCAGGAGAAUUAGGGGCGAGAGGGCGUAAGGCAGGAGUAGGUUUCUGGUCAAUGUUUCUUUGGUUUAGCAUUUCGAUUAAUGGCCACGUUAGGGUAUUAACUAAGUGACGAUUGUAUAAAUUCAUGGUGGGAUUUGGUGUUUAGAAUUGAUUCUGCAUCUAGUUUUAGCUGGUACUCUUGUUUUUGACGGUAGUGUCUUACUGCCGUCCAGGUGUUUGUUGAAAGUUGUAAGUGGAAAUGGUUUUAUAUCAAUCAACUUACUUUGAAU